AUUAUUAUCUUCUUACUUUUUUGUAGAUGCUCAGAUAAUAACUAAAAAAAAAUAAUAUGUAAUAAUUACAAUGGAAAAUAAUACUAUCUGCACAUAAUCUUUGUUCUUGGGGACAAAAAACAUUGAUGGUUUUAGCAAUGCUUAUAAAAAUACUCUAUACACCAUUUUUUCUGCUAUUACUUCAAUAUAUAUCAAGAUGUUUUUGUCAAUACCAUGUUGGAAAUGAUACUAGAGCAGCAUGCGAAUUAGAAGUCCCCUGCAAUGGUACAGUUGCUGAUGGAAAUGAACGUACUUAUUUUUUCAAUGUAACAACGCUGCCGGCCGACUCGAUCAUCCGAGUAUCAGUGAACAGUAGUGAAGCAUCAGUUGAUACACCAUUAUUACUUGUUGCUAGAAUGAGAGGAGGCAUUUCAUCAUGGACUGUCCCGAUGACCACUGAAGGACGAAAAUACAAUCAUGUGAGUCAGACUCUCUGUCCAGCUUUAAGUCAAAGUGCAACUAAACCAAAAUAUGAUUUCUAUCUUGAUGUGUCAACUGCUAACAAAAAUGGACUUAGUUUCACGUUUGUUGUAUACAAAGAGAGUAAGGUUAUUUUGACUGAUAACGAGCCUAAAGAAAUAAGUGCUAAUCCUGCUGAACCAAUGUUUCUUCGCUACAAGUUUAAACCACAUCAAGAAAGAGUGCUAGUAAAAGCAGAAUCUGACAGUAAAACAUGUGGAGUAUUGGUAGUACAAAACACCAAGUGUCCUACAGUAACACAAACAAGAGGGAAAUAUUCUGGUGUUUUUGCUACAAUGACCACUAAGGCUGGAAUAACUGUCGAGAGCAACAAAAUUGAAGGUGGAAUGUUCUACAUCGGAGUGGUGGUAAAAGAUUCCGAUAAAGAUUGUAAAUACCAAAGUGGAAGAAUUAAUCCUUUUGCUCCAUCAAAUAGUCACCUGGAUGAAGAUUCUCAAUUUCGUUCAAAGAAAGGUGGUAGCAUCAUUACUGGAGAUGAUCGAGUUAAAGUUGUCAAAAUUACUGUUGUUGUUCUUCCAAAGAUUGAUGAGUAUGUGGGACCUGUAGUUGCUCCGCUACUUUUCUUUGGAAUGUUUUACGUGGUUGCAUUUGUUGUCCUUGUUGUAUCAUGGUGCAUGGCAGAAGACGGCGGAAAAUCUUUUUACAAUUUUUUAUUCCCGAAAAAUGUUAAAGCUACCGAUUCAAAUAGCAUUAACGACGGAGAGCAAUCGCGUUUGUUGCACACUCCGGUGCAUAGUGACAGUCACUCAUAUGGUUCUGCAGCUACAUCAGGAGAAUUGCCUCCUGUCACCAGUAACAAUGAAGCAGAUGAAGAUGAUGGAUUUGAUUAUCUGGACGAUAUUGAUCGAACCAAAGAUGUAUACCGACUAAAGCCCAACCUAUUUCUAUCGGAUCUCUCAAAGAAGCCGUAUAAAAAACUUUCAAAAAAAUUUAACGUUUAUUAUUGGAAUUUAUUGACAGUGUCAGUAUUUUAUGCACUACCUGUCAUACAGUUGGUAUUGACAUAUCAACGUGUUGUCAACACUAGUGGAGAUCAAGAUAUAUGUUAUUACAACUUCUUCUGUGCACGACCAUAUCAUCUUGUCAGUGCAUUCAAUAACAUCUACAGUAAUGUUGGCUACAUGAUGCUUGGAUUGUUGUUUGUGUUUCUAGUGAUGAGAAGGGAUCGUUUAUCAAAACAGAUGUAUGUUAAGGAUCCAGAAAACGAAAAAAGAUGCGGAAUCCCACGUCAUUAUGGUAUCAUGUAUGCAAUGGGUUAUGCAUUGUUUAUGGAAGGCGUUAUGAGUGCAUGCUAUCACGUUUGUCCCAAUUAUUCCAAUUUUCAAUUUGACACUGCUUUUAUGUACAUCAUUGGCAUUCUUGGCUGUCUUCGUCUGUAUCAAACUCGCCAUCAUGAUGUAUUUUUAAAUGGGCAUUACGCGUUCGCUGGUUUUGCUGCUGUCAUUUUCACUGCUGUUAUUGGCGUAAUAUUUCGUUCAUGGCAGUUUUGGGUGAUUUUUAUGAUUUUUCACUGCGUAUCUUGUUUGUACCUCUCAUGUCAAAUAUAUUACUUGGGCCGCGUCAAAACAGCAUUUAAAAUUCAUUGGUUAGCAACUCGAUGGCGGUCAUGGUGUUCGCAACCUAUAUAUAAGGUUAGAUUUUUGCUGCUUCUCAUCUUUAAUAUCGUCAACUGGGCGUUGUCAAUAAAUGGUUUGGUGAAUGUACCGAAAGAUUUUGCGACAUAUCUUCUUGGAAUUAUCAUAUGCAAUGGUUUGCUGUAUGUAGCUUUCUAUGUCAUUAUGAAGUUACGCAACCGAGAGAAGAUAAUGUUGCUACCAUUUUUUUGCGUUGUGUUGUCAAUAGUAACAUGGGGUGUGUCUCUUUAUUUUUUUGUGAAAGGACUAACAGAUUGGCAGACAAGCCCUGCACAAUCACGAGAAGGUAAUGCUGAUUGUAAGCUUGUGGGUUUCUACGACGAUCAUGAUUUAUGGCAUUUCUUGUCCGCUACAGCUUUGUUCUUUUCAUUCGUGGCUUUUCUGACGGUAGACGAUGAUUUAGAGCACAAAGAUAGAGAUGCAAUACCUGUGUUUUAGGUUGUUUUUGUUUUUUUGUAAUUAUUGGUUGCUAAUAGUGACAAGCUUUGUAUUAGAAAGUAAAUAUUUUUCAAAUUCGUUAUUUUGUGUAUAACUGAUUUUUUGUCCUCCUUUUUUCUUUACUUAACAAAAUGCAUCUGGAUUUAGGAUAAUUGAAGUUCUUUAUAGAGCGUUAGCUGGAAUUAAGCGCGCUCCAAAAUCAAAAGUUUCUUACGAGGGGGACACCGUUCUCAUAAAAGCUGAUUUAUUGUAAAUAUUAACGUAGGGUUUACACAUAGAAUAAAUUUUUCCCGAAAAUUUUAAGAACUGUAGUCAACAAUUUUUUUUAAAAAUUCUGUAACCUUUCUUUUUAGCAACAAAGGUAACAUAACAUCUGAUUUCAACUUAUAUCCUGGUCACUUUAUGCGACUUUUAAAUUUUUGAAAAGCACUCCCUCCCUCAAAAGAAGUACCCCUUCAUCUACCCGUACCAUUUCACUGCCUAAGAGCAAGGAUUCGCACAAUUUAAUUUUGCCACCCAAAAAUAAAAGUAAUCCAGGACCCUCGAAGAAUGAUUACCUGCAGGUGCUCUAACGAAUGGCUUCUUUCAAAUAAAAGUCACUGUCAUGCAAAUAGCACCUUGGAGAACAUAUUGAGACAGUUGCUCUCUGCGACGUUAUAUCCUUUAUAUCGAACAAAUUUGUCGUUCUUUGUAGUGAGUUUAUAUGAGAAGAGUUCAAUGUAAAAAAGAUAUAAUAAAUAUGUAUAAAUAUAAAUAUGUCUCUUUGAAUGUAAUGUUUAAACACUAGCUUUGUUUAGAUUUUAGAAACCAUCUGCAAAUUUGUUUAUUAAGAUAAUUGGGAAAUAAAUUAGUCUUGGAAA